AUGUUUGUGCUGCACAUGGAUGUGGACGCCUUCUUCGUGCAGGCAGAACAGCUCAAGCACCCGUCCAUUCAGGGCAAGGCGGUGGCGGUCCAGCAGCACCAGGACAUCAUUGCGGCCAACCACGCCGCCAAGUGCGCAGGCGUCACCAAGCACAUGGCGCCUGCUGAGGCGAGGCGCCUGCUGAAGGCAGUGGGUGGCACUGUGGUGCACGUGCACCUGGCGCCCGGGGGCCGCGUCAGCUACCAGCCCUACCGGGAACUGUCCGCUCGCAUGAUGCGGCUGCUGCGUGCGCUGCCCUGGGCGGCGGUGGUGGAGAAGGCAUCCAUAGACGAGGCGUACCUGCUGCUGCAGCCAGGGCCAGGCGCCGCGGCAGAUGCAGACGAGGAGGAAGAAAGCGUCAGCCCACAGGCGGCGCUCCAACGGGCCCACGAGGCCAAGGCGGCAGUGCAACAGCAGCUGGGCAUGUGUGUGUCGGUGGGUGUGGCGCCCAGCCGCCUGCUGGCCAAGCUGGCCUCUGCCGCCGCCAAGCCAGACGGAGUGAGGCUGGUGGCAGACCAGCAGGCGGCGCUGCACCUGCUGUCCCAGACGCCCGCCCACAAGCUGCCUGGGUACGGCGGCAAGGCAGCCGAGGCCUUUGAACGCCAUGGCAUCGCCGCCGCCACAGACCUCCAGCGCUACAGCCAGCACCAGCUGGAGCAGCUGCUGGGGCUGAAGCCGGCGGCGGCUGCGCAGCUGGCGCAGUGGUGCCGUGGCGUGGACACCACCCCCGAGCGUGGUCCGCCCAAGACGCUGUCCGUCCAGAUGAGCCUCACCCCCCAGCUGCUCCCGAUGCACCCCUCCCAGGGCCGCACCGUAUCGGCCUCAGGAGGCCCGCCCGGCGUGCUGGAGCCGCUGGUGGUGGGCAAGCCCGGCUUCCGGCGCCGGGUGCGGCAGCUGAUGGAGGCGAUGGGGCUGGACCUGGUGCAGCGGGUGCUGGAGGACAGCGCAGAGGAGGGGGGCAGGUGGCCCCGCACCCUGACAGCUUCGCUGCGCGCCUUUGGCGCCGGCCGGGACCACACUUUCACAAGCAGGAGCGCCGCCUUCCCUGCGAACAGCCUGGCGCAGCAGCAUGCGAGGCAGCGCGUGCAGCAGGCACAGCAGGCACAACAGGUGCAGCAGCAGCAACAGCAGCAGCCUGGCCAGGAAGCCACGCAGCAGCUGGGCCUCCUGGAGGAGGCGGUGGUGUGUGGGCUGGAGGCGCUAAUCCACCAGGCAGCCUCCGCCUGCCCCGCCACCGCCACUGUUGUGGAGCUGCGCCUGACUGCCACCAGCUUCCAGGCGGCGGCAGCCGCAACAGCUGCGGCCCCAAUCACACGCUUCUUUGCUGCAGCCCAGCCAGCCCACCAAGAGCAGCAGCAGCAGCAGGAGAGCCAGCAGCAGCAGCAGGAGAGCGAACAGGAGCAGCAGGAGGAGAACGAGGGCCAGCCAGCCGGCCAGCCGGGGCAUGCAGAGGCAAGCAGCCAGCAAGCGCCAGGCAACUUGUAA